AACGAUAAUUUGCUGCACAAGUUUGUUGUGGAAGAGCGGUCUCGUGAGAAAAGAUCUAUUCUAUUGUUUGUUGAUAAUUGCCCGGCCCAUCCGAAAAUCGAGGGAUUAAAAGCUGUAAAACUGUUGUUUUUCCCACCUAACACUACAUCUAAGUUACAGCCCUGUGAUCAAGGGAUUAUCUUUUCAUUCAAAAGGCAUUACAGGUCACGUGUCCUUGACCAUAUUAUUUCAUGUCUAGACAAACAUAUCGAUAAACAGAUUAACAUUCUAAAAGCCAUACAAUGGUUUUAUGCGGCAUGGAAAGAUGUAACACCGACGUGUAUCCAGAAUUGUUUUAGAAUGGCUGGAUUUAUGAAUCAAGCACAGCAUGAAAUUAAUGCGACCCCGCAGGGGCAUGUUUCCGAUUCGUCUGACACAGACGAGUUCGAGGACGAUGACAUUCCGCUGGCUGAAUUGGCAUCGAAAUGGAAUCGCCUUAGAGUAUUCAGUGACAUAGACAAAAACAUUUCUUUUGAUGAUUACAUAAAUGCCGAUGAGAAUGUUGUCUCCGUUGAGCAGAAGUCCGAUAGCGAUAUAAUAGCGGAGGUACAGCAAAAAUUGAAACCCACUGAAACCCUGUCGCAGAGUGACGAAGAGUGUGACUCUGAGACUGUUGAUGACCCCCACCCACCAUGAAUGAGUUUCUUAAUGCUAUAGACACUUGCAGACGCUUUGUUCUUUCUAAGUCUGAUUCGUGUGAUUCUGUUUUCGGAAGUUUACAUGAACUUGAGAAAUUUUCAGUUGAAAUAGGGAAAGCCAAAAAGCAGACAAAAUUAACUGAUUUUUUCCGACAGUGAAUGCCUUUGUACAUGAACAAAACUUAAACAAGAUUUACCCAUGAGUGUAAAUAGUUAAAAAAGCAAUUUAAUUUUGACGGUUUUUUUCCAGUGUAUAAAUUUAAGCCAAUGUAAGGUUACCAGUACCUGUGUACAUAUUACUUUCGGUUUAUGUCAGUUUUGUGUUUAUUUUGAUGUGCAACUGAUUUUUUAUGCAUUCAACAUUGAUAUGCAUAAAAAGAAUAAAGUUUUGUCGUAAGUACAUGAUUGUCACAUGUCUAGUAUAUAAUGCUACUGCUUAUACAUGUUGAACGAUGCAGUGCAUCGUCAGUAAGCU